AUGAGUACAAAAUUAGGCAUCAAGAUUGGCUCCUUGAACACGCGUAGCUUGUUCAUGCAGUCUAAUCCUACAAAUUUCAAAGAGUUCUCAUCUUAUCUUCGCUCCUCCUCUCUCCAUCUGGAUAUCCUUUGCUUGCAAGAGGUAUCUCAUUUCCGCUCUCAAUCUACUCUUACUGAAUCUCAAGUCCGUUCCUUUUCUUUUGCUUUUCCCAAUUGUUCUCUUGUUGUGUCUAAACACUGUGCUAUUGUAUGUCUUAAUUCUCGGUUUUCCCUGGUGGAUACGGAGGUAUUGUUGGAUGAACGUUGUCUUGUUGCAUCUGUCGUAGAUGCCUCAAGCAAUGUUUUGUGCAAAGUGGCCAAUAUUUAUGGUCCCGCGCAGUCUUUUGACCGUCCUUCAUUUAUCUCUGAUUUUCUCUCUCUUUCUGUUUGGUCUGAUGUGUUCAACACACCUUGGAUGGUUAUGGGUGAUUUCAACAUUCACUUGCAUUCUUUGUCUACUUCUCGUCAAGCCGAUGUCGCUCCUUUUGUUCACUGGUUGCGUACUCACUUUGUCAAUUGUCAUCCGGAUGGUUUAGCUACGUUUCCAAAGAGCAAUACUUGUAUUGAUUACAUCUUUGGUCACUCUUCUCUUGCUCCUCGUUUGACUAAUAGUCAGUUACUAUAUAUGCCUAGUAGGUGGACGGAUCACUCUCUUUUGACUGUUGAAAUGUUGCCUGCGACAGCUAGUAUUGGUCCUGGUAGUUGGCGGUUCAAUCCAACUCUGCUUGAUGAUAAGGAAUUUGUUGCGUUGUUGAAUGCCACGGUGUCAUUGUUCUUCUCUGGUGCUGUUGGUGGUGGGUCUAAGGGUGUCAAUACUAGUCAAGGUGGUAGUGGUGACUCUGAAAGCACGGUGGCUAGAUGGGAAUCCUUCAAGUUGUUACUAAAGUGCUGUGCACAAAAGUACACUAGAAGCAUGAAAGCACGAUUCAAGAACAAAGUUUUUACGCUUCAACUGGAACGUAUUAGGGCUCUGUCAACGUCUGUAUCAGGUGUUGAGACUAGGAAUGCUAUUGAUCAAACUGACAGAGUGUCUACUGCUACAGGUGAUGCUGAGCAGCAGGUCAGGCAACUAGAAGUUUUGAUUGAGAAUCAGAUACAGAAAGAGACUAGUCAGAAUAUGCUUCGCUCUGCCACUCGUUGGUUAGAACAGGGAGAACGUAGCAACAAGUAUUUCUAUCGUUCGAUCAAGGUGCGAGAGUCUCAACAGACAAUUCAAUCCUUAAAGUGCUCUACUACUGGAGAUAUCUUGGUGGAAGCAGCAGCUAUCAACAGGGAGGCACAAGGUUUUUACCAAAGGCUAUAUACCCCUGAUGCUGUCGAUGCUGAAGCUAUCGAUACUCUCCUGGGGAAUGUUCCAACUGAUGUACGUCUAUCAUCUUUGGAUGGUGAUAUGCUAAUGGAACUUCCAACUCGCGAUGUUUUGUUGUCUCUGCUCACUCAUGCUCCCAAGUCUAAAAGUCCUGGUCUUGACGGUUUGCCUUUUGAAUUGUAUCAAUAUCUUGCUGGUGUUUCAACUGAUUUUCUUGACUUGCUUGUGGAUGUGUUGGGUGCAGCUUUUUCUGGUGUGUUUCCUCCUUCGUGGCAACAAACUCGUAUGGUCUUAUUGUUCAAGAAGGGUGACCCUCAGUUGUUGGUUAACUGGAGACCUUUGUCCUUAAUUAACAGUGAUGCCAAGUUAUUUACAAAGCUCAUUGCUAAUCGUAUGAACAAAGUGUUGCCAAAGUUAAUCAACCCUUAUCAAACUGGUUUUCUCCCUCAUCGUCUGAUCUCUGACAAUGGCUGGUUAAAUCAGUUGUUGAUGUCUCACUUGCGUGUUGUUGCUCCUGAUUUACCUCAAGUGGCUGUUUUGUUGGAUCAAGAGAAGGCGUAUGAUCGGGUUCAUCCCGAGUAUCUUUGUCGUGUGUUGCUCCGGUUUGGUUUUCCUGGUGAUUUGGUGUCUUGUCUGUCUUCUUUGUUCUUUGGAACCAAGAUUUCAGUGUCUAUCAAUGGUUGGCUUGGUGCUCCUGUACCUCAAUUGCGAGGUCUUCGUCAAGGUGAUCCUCUCUCUCCAUUGCUAUUCAAUCUGGCAUUUGAGCCUUUGCUUCGUUCUCUUCUUGCUUGUCCUGGUCUUUCUGGUGUUACUCUGUCUCCUGUUGAUAUCCCACGUAAAUGGAAGCCUUCACCGGUUGAAGUUCGUGUGGAUCAUGGUACUGGUGCCCGGAAUUGGACUUUGGACUUUGUUAGUGGCUCUGUUGCUCCUCCUCCUGUCAAGAUUCUGAGCUAUGCGGAUGAUCUUGAGGUGUUUUUGUCUUCGCCAGAAGAGUGGUCUGUGUUGUUGUCUGUUCUUGAUCUGUAUGGCCGAGCAUCUAAUGCGAAAGUCAAUAUCAGCAAGACAGUGUUGGUGUCGUUGUCUGGUGUGUCUCACUCUGCUUGGGUUGCUUUGGCUGAAUCUACUGGUCUCCAGUGGCAUGACGCUCACUCUCGUGGUGCAGUACGUUACUUGGGUUAUCCCUUGUAUCAUACUGAAAGUCAACUUCAAGACUAUCUUGAUGGUGUCUUGGUGAAGGUCCAGCGACACAGUAACUUGUUGAAACAAAGGAAUCUCUCCAUUAGGGGAGCAGGACUAGUGGCUAACUCGUUACUGUUGUCAAAGGUAUAUCAUUUGUUGCGUGUUGUUCCUGGUGGUGGUGCUAACUGCGUCGUGGUUGAAGUUGCUCACAAAGGUGCAGAUCAAAGCUUAGCUUUGCAUCUUGUCUAUUUGCAACGUUUGUUGCGUCCACCCUCUCCCAGUGAUUUUGUCUCCUCUUGGUUGGUGUACGCUUUUCAAGUUUACACUGGUCAUAAGUCCAUCUUGCCGUGGUUUUGUUUUCCUGGUCUUUACCAGUCUCGUGUGUCUUCUGUGCCUGCUCUAACACAUCUCGGAAAGCUUCUGUUGAGAUUGCCAAAGUUAGUUCCUUCCUCUGGUUGGUCUGCUAGGUGGUUUCUUGAUCUUCCCUUGUGUUCUGUACUCAGUACUGUGCCUUCUGUUCGUCCUCCUCGUGAUCCAUCAUCUCUUGAUCCUCGUUUCUUAGUGUCGGAUGUCUCUUUCUGGCAACCUGAUCUAGGUAUAGUUGAUGGUGUCACUUCCCAUCUUGCUUGGUCAUCUCGUGUUUUGCGCCCUGUUUUUCUUGCCUUGAACCGUGAUCGUGGUCCUGUCUCUCUGGUAUUCCCGCCUGUCAUGGAUAGUAAGAUAGUCUUGUCUCAAGCAGACUAUUUUACUAUGCCCCGUUCUGAUGGUGCUACCUCUUGGAUGCCAGAUUGUACUCAUUGGACUGUCUCCAACUCGUCUCGUUCUGCUGCUCCGGUUGCUCGUCUCUCUCUUGGUGCUUUGCGAAGGUAUUGGCACCCUGCAAAGGGUACCAUUACCUCUCGUAUGGGUCCUCCCUUGAAGUUGCCUGCCCAUUUGUUGAUAUCUCCUGCUUUGUGGCGUCUUUUCUGGUCCCUGGAAAUGCCUGCAAAGGCUUUCACACCUUGGUGGCGAUUGCUACAUGACCGUGUCCCGCACCGUUCGUGGUGCCAUAGGAUUAUGCCUACAAAAGUUCUGUCUCCUGCUUGUGCUCUUUGUGGUUUUGCUACAGAGGACCUUUACCAUUUCGUGGUGGGUUGCCAUAUCAAGUCAUUUUUCUGGCAGGAUGUAGUCUCUUUGUUGUCACUUCAAGAGCUACUCCCCUCUGCUUCUUCUAUUUGGUUGGCGCUGACUACCUUUUGUAGUGGUUCAGAUUUGUUGGUGAUCGAUGAGGAUGUUCUGAUUGCUCUUGGUGCUGCUUACAGUACACUUUGGAAGUAUCAUUGGCGAUGCGUCAUAGACGAGGAGCCUUGGAUAGCUUCUGCUGCUAUCAACAUGGUCCGUCAAGACCAUGGUACACUCUUUUCUUCUCUUUCUUUGGCAAGUGUUCAAGCUGGCACCUUGGCCUUGCCUAUAAUUACUGUAUAG